CAACAUGGCUGCUCCCGUGUAGACGUUUGCUAGGUUCACUGUUAGCAGGAAGAAACUGCAAACCAUGAAGGAACUCAGCCACGAUGGAUCCAAAGGAGAUGCUCCGCUGUGCUCUUCAGAUAGAGAAAUUCAGUGCAGACAGAAGCUAUGGGAACAUCAUGACCCUCCUUGGUGACCUCCAGAAGUCUCACGUCACAGCGGAACAGCUGGAAACAACGGACAUCGUCAAAGUGCUCUACAGGCUCCUGAGAACCUGCAAUGAUGACAGCGUGAAGAAGACAGUCAAGAGCUUGCUGUCCAAGUGGAAGAGACAGUACACGAAGGACAGGCAAGGGGUGAAGUGCACAGAGGAGAGUGAGGAUCCUGAGCUCCCUGCCGGUGUUUCUUUACCAAAAGAGGCCGUGGGUGGUGCGGUUGUUGCCCAAACAUGUGAUGGUGGAGAGGGGAAUGCUGCAGGAGAACAGUCAUCUAUGCAGGCUAAACCUGGACCCAAAGCUCAUACUUCUGCUUCAUCUCCAGAUAACGUGAGGACCAAAUGCGUGCAGCUCCUCCUUGCUGCCCUCUGCCCCUCUGCCCCCGAUCAGCACAAGGCUGCUGAGUUGGCGCGAGACAUCGAGCGGCACGUCCACGAACUUCAUAAACACAACCAGGUCAAAUAUAAAGCCUGUGUGAGGAGCAAGGUGGCCAACUUGAGGAAUCCCAAAAGCGGCCACCUGCAUCAGGGCCUCCUGAGCGGCUCCCUGUCCCCCGAGGCCUUCGCCCGCAUGUCUGCGGAGGAUAUGGCCAGCGCAGAGCUGCGGCAGCUGAGGGAGGAGUACUCCUCCCAGGGCGUGAGUGAGAGGCAGCUUCCUCAAGGGAUAGAGGGGACGCGGACGGAGAAGAUUCGCUGCAAAAGAUGCGGGGGGUCCGACUGUAGGGUGACGCAGGUGUCCAGAGGGGUUCUGUUCUUGCCUGCGUGGGUGAGGCAGGGCGGCCCAGACGAGGAUGCAAUGACCUUUGUGACCUGCAGCCGGUGUGGCCAGCAGUGGUACCACAGCAGCUGGGUCUGCCUCUGAAUCCACAUGGAUAACAUACAUGACUCAGCAGCUAAGAGCAGGCUAACUGAUAAUGAAAAUAACAGAUUUUUAACAGUCAUGCUGUGUAGAACUUUCAUUAAUGAUUUACUUUCUUAUUUUUGACGUCUAUGGAGUUAAAAAUGUUCAGAAAUCUGGAACAUGACCUUCUUAGAUUCCUAGCUCAGAUACUCAGUGUUGCUAGUUUUGAAAUAAUACAUUUUGAAGGCUUUUCUUUACACAUUUACAUAAUACAUUGACUUAAACUGCCAUUGUUGCAGAUGAAUCACCAGCCAUUUAGUUGAUUGGUUGUUUCAGCUGUUCUGCCCGCUGUAAAAUUGCACCCCUAGUACAUCAUUUGGUAUUAUAAAGGCUUUCCUGUGACCAGUUACAUGAUUUGAGUGUCAUAAACUCAGCUCUGAAACAGGAGGAUUGGUCACAUGGGAUGCAGAGUGGAAACUUGUGGUUUAAACCAGAUUUUUCCCACAGGAUUUGUGCUUUGUCUUUCAUGAAGUGACCACUCAAACUCACAGCUGAAAGCAUAAACUGUAUCUUUACUGGCUGAAAUGCCAAGUCAUUGCAGUCUCCGACUGAAACCAUGGGUUUUCAAGAAGCAGCUGUCGUCAUCUUCUUCCCGCUGAAUCAUUUCCUGUGUCUCUACUCUCUGUAAUAGCCCUUCGUUUUAUUUCUACUUACAGUAGCUCAUUUAACUGCUUUUACUGGCCGCUCUCUCUUACAUUACUGAUCUAAAGAUCCAUUUAUGCCUUGACCACUGGCGGGGAAUUCUUUAAAACAUGCCUCUGCUCUACAGUAUCAUUUGUGGCAAACUGAAUCCAGCAGAUGAGACAUGUGACCCCCGAAGUACUCUGAGCAUGUGAGCCAGUAAUCUGCCCUCCCCAGCAGCCGGAGGGGCGGAUAUCCCGUGGUGCUCCAGCCAGCGUGGCACAAUGACUCACAUACACGUCACUGUGAUGUCACAUGAAGCAGUCUUUAUGUGUGUGUGAAGAUAUUACAGAGAAAAUCACUUAUUUUUAUCCUCAGCUGUUCUUCCUGCGUCAUUAUUUAUGUCACGUCCUGGCCCACUGCAGCUUUUCUGAUCUUUGCAGCAGACUCAUUCCAGGAUGGCCGAAGGUAAAAUGGCCAAAUAUGAAAAAACAAACAAACCAUAUCUUUCCAGUAAGUGUUUGGUGUCUCAACACUGGUGCAUUUGUCUGUAAUCCAUCUCCUCUCACGUGCUCCUUAUCUUUUUAGUAGAUAAGGAGCAUUUUAGUGGCGUGGCCUGUCAGAUUGAUGCUCUGCAGCCACAUACAGCUGUGGUGAGGAGUUUACAUCUGCUCAUCAAGGGCAUGGCUGUGAUGCUAGUUUUGGGCUUUUAAUGGUUUCUUUGAGCUGUUUUGUUUUAAGGGUGGAACGAUUGUAUGGAAUCCAUUUUUAAUUACUCUAAAGAACAGUCAUGUGCUGCAGGUUCUACAACGUCUUAACAAAGCUAAGGCCUAUUAGCUCCUCAUUAGGGAUUAUGAUUGGGUGCAGCAGGGAGUUUAUCUUUGCAGCAUAAAAAGGAUUUGUUUGACAGCACUCAUUGGACUGACUCAGAAUACUCAGAACAACUGGAAAAUUCAAGGAACUCACUGAAGAGACUUGUAGAUUUACAUAAGUUGGAGUGGCAGCUGUUGGCGAGAUAGUUAGGACUGCUGUCUUGUAGCAAGAAGGUCUUGGGUUUGAAUCAACCAUUUUUCUGUGUAGAGUUUGCAUGUUCUCCCCAAGUCUGCUUGGAUUCUCUCUGGUUACUCCGGCUUCCUCCCACAGUCCAGUUAGUGGGGUUAGGUUAGCUGAUGAGUCUAAAUUGCACGUAAGUGUGAAUGUGAGUGUGAAUGGUUGUCUGUCUCUCUGUGUUAGCCCUGCGACAGACUGGCAACCUGUCCAGGGUGUACCCCGCCUCUAUCCUAUGGUAACUGGGAUAGGUUUCAGCCCUCCUGGUUCCCUGAAUUGGUUAAAAGGAAGGAAGGAAGAGAAUGGAUGGAUACGCAAGUUGGGAAGGUCUCUUGGAGCCAUUUCUAAGCAACUGCAGAUUCCAUAAUUGUCAGUUCAAACAAUUGUACAGAUGUGUCACCAUUGGAAAAAGAACCAGAAUGUCAGAUUUGUUAGGAUGAAAUUGGUUAGGAUAUUCCAGAACAGCCCAGGAACCACCAAGGCUCAAGCCUGAAAUGGACUGGAAAAUCCUGGAACACCAGUGUCACUGUCCAAGGUAAAGUGAGUUCUAUCCCCUGGUCCAAAAUUGACACUGUUAAGGUCAAAUGAAAUUUAACAGUUGCUCACAUGGACAAGCCGAUGAUGUAUGUUUUGGUGGUGGUAGCAUCAUGUUCUUGGGCUGAUUUGCUGCCAGUGGUUCUGUAUACAGCACAAGGUGGAUGCAAUAAUGAAGAAGGAGGAUUAUUACCUCCAAAUUCUUCAAGUAAACCUCAAAUUGGAACUUGGACACAGUCGGGUGUUUCAGCAGGACAAUAAUCCCAAACACACAUCAAGUUUAUCAAAUUUCGCUUUGAAAUUGAUAGAGCAGGCUAACAUUAAUCUUAGGUAUUCUCAAAGUCCUGACCUCAGUCCUAAAAAUGUGUGGACUAUGACUAAAAGCCAGUGCUGUGCAAAGAAACCAACCAAUUUAAAUGAACUCCACUCCUCUGGGAAGAAUUAUUAAUAAAAUAUACAGAAUUAUACCCAAAGAUUGUUAAUGGCUAUGAAAAGCAUCUGGUUGAAGUACAACUGGCAAAGCAACAACCAAAUAUGAGUGUGUGUGUUUAUACUUUUGACCCUGUGUGGCUUAGAGAAAAUCCAAAAUAAAUUUGAACUUUUGCACCCAGUUUUAGUUUUCUAAACUCAUCAAACAUGUGUGUAGUACAAUCAUUCAACAGCCCCACGAAUAAUUAAAAGCCCAGAAUGGCCAUGUGACUCAUGAAGAGUGUAUGUAAGCUUCUUACCACAGCUGUACCUCCUUUCCUUCUCGUACAUAUUUGCAAAACAUUAGUCUGAGCUCUUUACUUCUGCAGACGAAUAAACCUACAGAGGUGCAUAAAUGUUUAAUAUUUGCACUUGUUGUUGUAGUGCAGGAGGGACGGUGUUGCAGUUUGUGGAUUAUGAUCCCUUCAAACGAUUCAUAUCUGCUUAAAACCUCUUAAUACAAACAUGUCAUAGUGGUGGUUUGUAGAGGCCUGAAGUAGUAAACGUGUAUUUAACGAAACAAAAACAAGACAAAAAUCUUAAUAUAAUUCAAUAAAACUGUG